AUGGCUUCCUUCGAUAGGGCCAUGCUGCAACGGCUGCCUGUUCGUAUCGGUCUCAACGAGAGUAUCCAUCAAUCCCGAUGGAACAUUCUAGAGGAGAAGGCCCGCAAGCUGCGCCCCUUCACCACAAGCCUCUUCCUGUCGCUACCUAAUGAGCUCAUCCUGGAGGUGGCCGACUAUCUGAAUCUGAAGAAUCUCGCCCGUCUGUCCCGAGUCAACCGCCAUCUUCGACAGCUCCUGGUGUCCCUGGUGUAUCGAGUCGGAAGCCGGGAGGUCGACCCUCAUUUCAAAUGCUAUCUCUACACCUGGCUGCACUAUGCCGCCGCGACAGGCGAUGUGCCGCUGGCUCGCCGACUGAUAGCCGAGGGAGCUGAUCCCCGCAAAUGGGACGACACGCGCGAGUGGUCGCCUCUCUACGUCGCCGUCGUCAACGGCCACAUCGAGAUAGUUGAGGAGUUCGGUCUCACCGAGGCGGACAUGCACCGACGACAUCUCGGCGCGGGCGCCUCCCUACUCCAUGCGGCUGUGGAGGGCCGAAGCGAAUAUCUGAUCCGUCGCUGCAUCGGCCUGGGUGCUUCGAUCGAGGCGCGAGACGCUCUCGGCGACACCCCGCUGCAUCAUGCUGCCGGUCGCGGCAACAUCCACAUCGUGCGUCUCCUGGUCGAACUGGGCGCUCCGGUCAACGCGCGCGAUCGCCCCGGGCUUGUCCCCCUCCACCGGGCGGCCUCUGCGCGUGCCUACUGGGACCGGCCCGAUACGCGCGGAGAGACCAUCCAGUUCCUCGUCUCCUGUGGUGCGGCUGUCGAUGCCCCGGACAACCGUGGUUGCACCCCGAGUCUGGUCGCCGCCGGGUGCGGCAACCUCAGCUCGAUCCAGCUGCUGUAUGCGCUGGGGGCUCGUCUGGACGAGCGCGACAGUAUGGGUCGAGCCGCGCUGCACGAAGCGGCGUCGUCGACGAUGAUCACGGACCGGGAUAACCGCAUCGCCAUGAUCAACCUGUUGUGUGGGCUGGGGAUGAAAGUGGACGUACGUGACUCGAUGGGCGAGACCCCGCUGCAUCUAGCCGCCUUUCAGGGUUAUCCGGAGGCGAUUCGUCGACUGGUGGAGCUGGGGGCCAAGCUGGACUGUCGGAAUGCAUUGGGGCAGACCCCUCUACACGGGGUGGCACUGGAUGAUUUAUCGAUCAUCCGGCUGCUGGGGGCGCUGGGGGCGGAUGUCAACGCCAAAGACUACGAGGGGAUGACACCGCUGCAUCAAGUGAUUAUCGACGGCACGGAGAAUAUGGCACUGGAGUUGAUCCGACUGGGAAGUGAUCUGGAUAUGAAGAGCAAUGACGGGUUGACCCCGUGGGAUAUUGCUAUUUUUGAAGAAAUGGAGACUUUAAUAGAGAUGUACAAAGACCGGUAUGUGCCGGAGUAUACCCUGUAUGAUAGUUAA